AUGGCCGCGGAGCUCAGCGCCGAGGAGGAGCAGGCGACCAAGCAGUUCCUGGAGGAGAUCAACAAGUGGACAGGCCAGUACAAUGUGUCCCCGCUCUCCUGGAACGUGGCUGUCAAGUUCCUCAUGGCCCGCAAGUUCGACGUCCUGCGGGCCAUCGAGCUCUUUCACUCCUACCGGGAGACAAGGCUGAAGGAGGGCAUCGUGAAGCUGAAGCCGCACGAGGAGCCACUGCGCUCGGAGCUGCUCAGCGGCAAGUUCACCAUUCUGAGCGUGCGGGACCCUUCAGGAGCCUCCAUCGCCCUCUUCACAGCCAAGCUGCACCACCCUAGCAAGAGCGUGCAGCACGUGGUGCUCCAGGCACUCUUCUACCUGCUGGACCGAGCAGUGGAGAGCUUCGAAACGCAGAGGAAUGGGCUGGUGUUCAUCUAUGACAUGGCAGGCUCACAGUACACCAACUUUGAGCUGGACCUCAGCAAGAAGAUCCUCAACCUGCUGAAGGGUGCCUUCCCAGCUCGGCUGAAGAAGGUUUUCAUUGUGGGAGCACCCAUGUGGUUUCGUGUGCCCUACUCCAUCAUCAGCCUGCUGCUGAAGGAGAAGCUGCGGGAGCGGGUGCAGAUGGUGAAGAUGUCAGAGCUGAAGGAGCACCUACCCCGGGAAUGCCUCCCUGAGUACCUUGGGGGGUCCCUCAAACUCGACCCUCUGAGCUGGAACUGCCGGUUCCUACCGCAGCAGAACGGGCAUCCCGACCCCCUGGACGAGCUCAUCCUGGUGCCGCUGGUGGCCCCCAAAGAUAAUGGCUCCGUCCACGUCCCUGGGCCCAAGUCUGUCACCCUCCAGGAGCUGCUGGACCAUGUCAGCCACAAGCAGAAACGGGGCAUCUACGAAGAGUAUGAAGAUAUUCGGCGCAGGAGCCCAGCUGGCACCUUCGUCUGCUCUUUGGCACCCUACAACCAGGAGAAGAACCGGUACGGGGAUGUGCCCUGCCUGGACCAAACCCGUGUCAAGCUGGCGAAGCCGUACAGCCGGCCCGAGCUGACUGACUAUAUCAAUGCAAGCUUCAUGGAUGGCUACAAGCAGAGGAAUGCUUACAUUGGCACUCAGGGGCCUCUGGAAAAUACCUACAGUGACUUCUGGCGCAUGGUGUGGGAGCAAAACGUCCUGGUGAUCGUGAUGACAACCCGGCUGGAGGAAGGAGGCAGGAAAAAGUGUGGCCAGUACUGGCCUCUGGAGAAGGACUUCCAGGUGUGCUACGGGGCCUUGACCAUCACCAACUUAGGUGUGGAGAACCUCAACCAUUACAAGAAAACCAUCCUGGAGAUCCACAGCUCAGAGACCAGGGAGCGUCGCCUGGUGUCCCAUUUCCAGUACCUGAGCUGGCCGGACUACGGUGUCCCCUCCUCCGCGGCCACCCUCAUCGACUUUCUGGGGGCUGUGAAGCAGCAGCAGAGGGUGGCAGUCAGUGCCCUGGGACCACGCUUCAAAGGUCACCCCGGGGGACCCCCAAUCGUGGUGCACUGCAGUGCCGGCAUCGGCAGGACAGGUACCUUCUGCGCACUGGACAUCUGCCUGUCGCAGCUGCAGGACGUGGGCACGCUGAACAUCUACCAGACGGUGCUGCGCAUGCGGAGCCAGCGCGCCUUCAGCAUCCAGACCCCCGAGCAGUACCACUUCUGCUACGCUGCCGUCCUCGAGCACGCCCAGCGCCAGGGCCUCCUGCUCGCCAACCACGGCGCCCAUCGGCCCGCCCAGGACAAGAGCUCACCAGGACACUGA